GUUGUUUCUUAAGGCUAUGACGUAAAUUAGUUUUAAACUGAUUUCAACUGUUGUUAAAUAUCAAUGUAAUGGUAUAUUUGGAUUACAACGCAACAGCGCCUCUAGCGGACGAAGUGGUUGAAGUUAUAACAAAGUCUUUAACUGAGGGUUGGGGAAACCCCAGUAGUGAUCAUGGGCCAGGAAGGCAUGCGAAACAACUGAUAUCCGAAGCAAGAAGUAACAUAGCCGACUGUAUUGGUUGUUUUGCAUCAAACAUUAUCUUUACAUCUGGUGGCAGCGAGGCUAAUAACUGGGUGAUACAAUCUGUAUUGUCAUGUCAUAAUGGAGGCGAACCGCAUCAUAAACCACACAUUGUUACAUCUUCAGUUGAACAUGAUUCAGUGUUGGUUCCUUUGAUUGUUUUGCAACAAAGAGGAUUAAUAGAGCUUACCAAAGUUUCUGUAAAUCACAGUAGUGGGGAAAUAAGUUGUGAUGAUGUCAUUAAAGAGAUCAAACCAAACACAGUUCUUGUCACGGUCAUGAUGGCUAAUAAUGAAACUGGAACAAUAAUGCCCAUCAAAGACAUUGUUCGUGAUAUACGAACAUUGGAGGAAAAAAAUAAUCGGAAGAUAUUAAUCCACACGGACGCUGCACAAGCUAUUGGGAAGAUAGGAGUUAAUGUUGGAAAAUUGGGGGUGGAUUUCCUCACAACAGUCGGCCACAAGUUUUAUGGACCAAGAAUUGGAGCUCUUUAUGUGAAAGAUGUCAACGCAUUAACUCCUCUUAUAUAUGGUGGGGGGCAGGAGUGGGGGUUGAGGGCAGGGACCGAGAACACACCCAUGAUAACCGGGCUCGGUGAAGCAGCUAAAUUAGUAAAAGAUAAUUUGAAUUUUUACGCUGAUAAUAUGAAACUAACGAGGGAUUAUUUAGAAGAAAGACUGAAGAAAGAAUUUGGAAGCCGUAUAACUUUUAACUGUAAAUCCAACAACAGAUUACCAAACACUUGUAACUUCUCAUUUGUUGGUCAAGGAUUUGAAGGUUACAAAGUAGUUAAGAUGGCCAAGAGCUUCACAUGCAGUACUGGAUCUGCUUGCCAUGCAAGUGAAUGUUUGCCUUCUAAGGUUUUACUCAACUUUCAUAUUGAAAGAAAUGUGGCAGCAAAUGCACUUCGUUUAUCAACUGGAAGAACAACAACUAUAGAAGAUAUUGAUUGUGUGAUUAAUGAAUUAAAAUCAAUAUUUACGAACAUACAAAACACAUAACUUCAUAAACAUUUCUUCCUAUUUAGCAAAAAAACAUAAUUUUUCUCUAACACAGUGAUCACUAACUUGAUUCAUACAGUAGGGUGGGAAAGAUUUCUUACCUUUUUUUUCCUAUCUCAAAAUGACUAUUCAAAGAAUUAUGAAAACCCAUUCUCAUGACUCCCAUAAACCGUUGUUAAUUGUGUAAAACACGGUUAGGAUAUUUGGAUUUUAUGUGAUAACGGUGUCCCAUCUUCCCACCACACUGUAAUAUUUAGGACAAAAGGAACUAAAUAUCCUAUUUCCACAAUGCUUUUAAAAGAGUGGAGUUCUAAUUGCUUUGUUAUAUAUUUGAUCUGUCAUGGAACGAUACACGAUUUUGUUUGUCAUCCUUGGCUUUGGCCCAGAAAGUCCAGCCCUGGUUAUUUAAAUGAAAUUAGUGCAUUUAUAAUUCAUACAACACAAAGCAUUGCAAUGACUAGAUGGAAAACGCUUAUAACAUGUAGUUUACCAGAUUCCUUUAAUACCAUUGUGAGUUAAUGAAGGUUGUACAGCAUUGCUGUAAUGUGGAGUGACGUUACAAGCGUCCACGUUUACCCCUUUAAUUUUUUAGAAUGUACUUGACAUGCAUGGUGUCGCAUUGGUGGUUCUUAGCGUAUAUAUUUUAAUAUGGUGCAAUAAACGUUACUUUCAA